UUGGAGUCCGGACAAAACAAUAAUUUCCUAAGCAUGAGAAGGAGAAAAUCGCUUUGAAUUGCUGGUAACCUAUCUGAUCUCCGAGAAAUUGGCGUGCUUUUCGCUUUGACCUGCCUACGGAGAAAUAAUUGACAGGGGUUUACUCAGCAGUCAGCUCUACUCCGGUCCUCCGUCGGCUUCUUUACGUUUAGGGUUUCCUACGGCGGCAUCUUUCUCCUGUUGGCAAUGGAUCCGUCUCUGAUUCCGCUAGCUGGAGGAGAGGUCCAUGGCUUCCGGACCCUCGCAGAUUUGGAUAUAACAAAGUUGAGGGAAGAUGCAUCAACAAGGUGGUUUAGGCCCAAUGAGGUUCAUGCAAUAUUGACUAAUUCUACUCAUUUUACGGUCUUACCACAACCAGUUGAAAAUCCAACCAAUGGCAGUAUUGUGCUAUUUGAUCGCAAAAUGCUAAGAAAUUUCCGGAAAGAUGGGUAUAACUGGAAGAAGAAAAAGGAUGGGAAAACUGUUCAGGAAGCUCAUGAAAAAUUGAAGAUUGGUAACGAAGAAAGAAUCCAUGUAUACUAUGCACGUGGGGAGGAUGAUCCAAACUUUUACCGUAGGUGUUAUUGGCUUCUUGAUAAGAAAUUGGAGCACAUUGUUCUGGUUCAUUAUCGCCAAACUUUGGAGGAAGAGCAUACAUCGAGCAACUUUGAAGAUUCAAGAUUUAUGAUAGUGUAGCGUUAAUAUAUAAGUUAGUUUGUGUUUAGCAUGUCUGUACUUUUUAUUUUUCUUGUGUCAUUUUCUGUAUUAUGUGUAUGUUUGCUAAGCAAUCAAGCACAUAUUUAUAAGGGGGAGAGAAAUUGAAUACU